CAGUGUUCACAGAGGAAGAGGCGGGACAAGGACCUCCCGACGUGAUGACGCAGUAUACUGUGCGUCAGCUGUGAACUGGCGCCGGGAAGAUGCAGGCAGAGAGGUGUGAUUCUCCCAGCGUCCUGUUGGUGGAGCCGUUUUAUGGAGGCUCUCACAAACAGCUGAUCGACCUGCUGAAGGAAAACAUCGCCGACGUCUCCGUCUUCACGCUACCCGCCAAGAAAUGGCACUGGAGGGCGAGAACAGCCGCGCUGCACUUCAGCCAGAACAUCCCCAUCUGUCACUCAUACAGAGUUCUCUUCAGCAGCUCGGUCCUGAACCUGUGUGAGCUGGUGGCUCUCAGACCUGAUCUGUCCCGCCUGAAGAAGGUUCUGUACUUCCACGAGAACCAGCUGGUGUACCCGGUCCGUAAAGACCAGGACAGAGACUUCCAGUACGGAUACAACCAGGUUCUCUCAUGCCUGGUGUCAGACGUGGUGGUGUUUAACUCCACCUUCAACAUGGAGUCCUUUCUGUCCUCCAUCUCCUCCUUCAUGAAGAAGAUCCCUGACCACAGACCCAAAGACCUGGACCUCCUGAUCCGGCCCAAGUGUAUGGUCCUGUACUACCCACUGCAGUUCCCUGAUGUGAGCAGACUGCUGCCCAAACACAAACUAAACCGCAGACCCACAGAGCUAUCUCAUGUUGAUGACACCGUCACAGAGCAGGACGAGCAGCAGCCUCCACGGUUAGAUCAGGAGGAUCCACAUGAGUCCAGAUCAGAGCACAGACCCCAGCCAGAGGAGGACCAGGUGAGACCUCUGCACAUCGUGUGGCCCCACAGGUGGGAGCAUGAUAAACACCCUGAGCUGUUCUUCUCUACUCUGAUCAAACUGAAGGAGAGAAAAUUGAACUUCCAGCUGUCAGUGCUCGGAGAGACCUUCACUGACGUACCAGAGAUCUUCUGUGAGGCGAGGCGGCAGCUGGACGCUCACAUCCUGAACUGGGGUUACCUGUCAGGUAAAGACGAGUACCUGAGGGUUCUGUGUGAGGCCGACGUGGUCGUCUCCACCGCCAAACACGAGUUCUUCGGAGUCGCCAUGUUGGAGGCGGUUCACUGCGGCUGUUACCCUCUGUGUCCGAAGGCUCUGGUGUAUCCUGAAAUAUUUCCAGCGGAGUACCUGUACUCCACACCUGAGCAGCUCUGUAAACGUCUGCAAGGACUCUGCAGGAGGCCGGACGUCGCCCGCAGACACGUUGUCAAGGUGGACACCUCCGCCUUCUCCUGGUCUGCUCUCAAGGAGCGAUAUGACACUCUGCUGGCAGCUGAGGAUCAGGGUCCCUGAACACACCAUUGACACUCUCUCAGCUGAGGGUCCCUGAACACACCACCUCUACUCUCACAGCUCAGAGUCCCUGAACACACCAAGGCCACUCUCACAGCUCAGGGUCCCUGAACACACCACCUCUACUCUCACAGCUGAGGGUCCCUGAACACACCACUUCUGCUCUCACAGCUCAGCGACUGCUACACUCAACUAGCUCGGCUGGUUCUGAGGGAGUCGCGCAGCGUCUGCCAGGUCAUGGUCAGAAAGCGACGCUGACUCUCAGGUAGCCCGAGCUCGAAAUGAAAGCAGGCAGGAGGACUGGAGACGCCGAGUCUGGACCUGUAAACGUCACGGUCCUCUCAGGCUGGAGGAGAACUCUGUUUUAUGUGUGUGGUUUGGGAGGAGGCGGAGGGGGUAUAAUAGCUUUCAUGUUUCCACAGGCUGGCGAGGCGGUGCCACUUCUUGUAUCCAGCUGAAUCAAUUUUUUUCUUUUGCGCUCUGAGUCGGUCGCUCACCACAGAGACAGCGUCAGCCAGCUCGCCGUCUGAGUCGGCUCCACCUGAGCUGCCAGGUCUCAGAGCAGAAACCAGUCUGAAGUGGAUCUGCAGACCCCUGAGACCACAUCAGGGUCUGAGCGAUCUGAAACACAAAACUCAUUACCCAACAUCAGAAACCGAAUAUACGACUAAAUGUGAGACCUUAAACUAAGAGGUCAAGAAAGGUCACUGUAGUUUUACUAACAGCUGAUGAGGGGAAGAUAAAUAAAAACAUUUAAAAAAGAAUUCUAGAAUCAACAGGAAGUGAAGGAAGGCGAGUAACGGCGUGCUCCUGUUCACUGUUAAACAUCCUGCAGACGUGAGGUGGACGACUGACUCCCGUACAGACAGACUUACAGGAGUCCAGGUUCUGAAAACAAAACAUUUCAGGUGAGUCACCUGAAGGUCACCUCAUGCUCCUGAUGAUAUCACUGCUGCUGGGGUCACGACCUGAUGACAUCAUGAACCAUGUGAACACCUCCACACUAAUAAAGUUUAUACAGCAGA